UGACAGACAUCUAAUUAACUCAUCAGAUCAUGCUUAUUGCCUCUAAUUGAGUCUGAUUAGAUAGCCCUUUUGCAGUUCUCGUCGAUUCUCGAAACGACAACGAGAAAAUUACGCCAUUUUGCCGAAGAGGACGAUCAGUCGAAUGAAAUUACAAAAUAGUCAAAAUAUCCCCUCCUGAAUCAUUAUUCAGCUAGAUUUAUAGAAAUGUCAGAAACAUAUGACUUCCUAUUCAAAUUCCUGGUGAUUGGGAGUGCAGGAACAGGGAAGUCUUGUAUCCUUCACCAGUUCAUAGAAAAUAAAUUCAAAUCAGACUCGAAUCACACAAUCGGUGUUGAAUUUGGCAGUAAAGUUGUGAAUGUUGGUGGCAAGGCUGUCAAAUUACAAAUUUGGGAUACCGCUGGACAAGAACGUUUCAGGUCGGUUACGAGGAGUUACUACAGGGGUGCUGCUGGUGCUUUGUUAGUCUAUGACAUCACAAGUCGAGAGACUUACAAUGCCCUCACAAAUUGGCUGACUGAUGCGCGCACAUUAGCAAGUCCGAAUAUUGUGAUAAUAUUAGUCGGUAACAAAAAAGACUUGGAAGAUGAGCGUGAAGUGACAUUCCUUGAAGCCAGCAGAUUUGCACAGGAAAAUGAGUUGAUGUUCUUGGAGACUAGUGCCCUGACGGGUGAAAAUGUGGAAGAAACGUUUCUGAAAUGUGCAAGAUCUAUCCUUACAAAAAUUGAAUCAGGUGAGCUCGACCCUGAGAGAAUGGGCUCGGGUAUUCAAUACGGCGAUGCAUCACUACGGCGAUUACGGGACCGAGGUGGCCAGUCAUCACAGCGGCGGCCUGAUUGUCAAUGCUGAAAUCUGCUUGAUCCAACCAAAACUCUGCAAGGGCGACUUCUUAAAAUUAAAAUAAACUGCAGUGGUAGUGCUAGCAUGAACAUUUUAUCAGCAAUGCCUUUGAGGAAAUAUAGAAGGCACAAAGAUUCUGAAGGAUGUUGCUGGGUUCAUUUCUAUAUAAAUACUGGAUUAGCUGAAGCUGCUGUGACCAAAUUAUGUGCAGCUUUGGCGAGCAUGCCCCUGUAACUGGGGUCAGCAUGAGAAUGUUUUCUACGAGGAUGGUGUUCGAUCAUAAUGUGAACUGUGGAGCCCUUUUGAGUCUUGGCUAUAAUGGGAUUCUCAGCACUUCAAGCAGACUUCACACGAUCCGAGUGAAGUGACGUGAUCAAAGAAGAACUGGCAGUCAUUUGUAACCUAGUGAUCAAGAGAGACGUGUUUUAUCGAAACGUCUAGAAGGAAGCACAAUUUUACUGCAUGUGUACUGGAACAUUUCAUCAGUUGAGACUUACCAACCUAAAUUGACAUGGCGUGGACUCCUUUUGUUUGCAGUUUAUACCAUAUUUGUGAAAGUGUUCUGACAUAAUGUAAUGAGCAGUUAUCAACACUUGGAGUGUCACUGAUUGCUUUUGGCAUUGACCCCUAAUAAUCAGGUCAGCCAGAUUUGGCUUUUAUGAGACACUCUUUAUAUCCGGACUCCUAUCUCUGUCUGAUCAGUUGUGUAGCAUAUGUAAUUAGAUAAGUUUAAGCUACGGCUGCAAACACAAUCUCUCUCAAAUCCUCAAUCCUGGGCUUUGCAUGGGUGCCAAGACAUUGUCGUAACAUCUCCAGGAGUCUUAUCGUGGGAGUCAUUCCAUGUUGGGACUGCCAAGAUACCAAACAAUUAUAGUGCUGUGCAGUUGUCCUGUUACUGGACUUUCAAGUGGUGUUUCGUUUAUUACAAAGUGGGUUUUGUGGGAGAUUGAACUUCAAACUCUGCUAGUUGAUGUCUUUUUUCAUGUUUUAAGUGUGUACACGUAGAACACACUUUGAGGUGUUAACCAUCCAUAAUAAUGGGAAUUCCAUGAAAUUAAAAUAAGCAUAAAAUUAUCGCAUCUAAACCACUCAAUUUUAAGGGGUGGCCUAAAAUCGUGAAAGCUGUGUUGAUGCAGGUGCCAAUAUUUUGAAUCUUUGAACGUACAGUACAUGAACAUCGUGUUCAUGCAGUACAUUGCAAGAAGAAAACAUUCGUAAGGCAUGCCAGUUUUCUAACCCUAAAACUCAACAGACAGCAAUUCAAGAUUUUGCUUGUGAACUGUUGGUUUCAGCUCUCUGGCCGGGCCUUUAGCUGUUGGGGCUUUAUUGAGGGCUGGUCGACCCGUUUGUAUAAAGUCAUUAUUUGGAGUUUGUCUUGUCAGAAAUUCCAUUUUUGUUGUCUGCCAUAACAUCUCACUUUGUUUGUGUCUGUAAAUAAAUAAAUGCUAUUGUAUAAUGUGGUCAGGACCUAGCUAAAAGCAAUAUUUAUGUACACAAUGCAUGUAUGUUGCAGCAGUUGCAUAUUCUUGUGUAUUUUCAUCGUCAUAUCAUUCAUACAUGUAUGUGUAUGUAUUGCACUCCGUAAUCUUAUUUUGAAAUUCAUGCUAUUUGCUCUACAGGCAUGUGCCAAGUUGUGUUUUCCAGUGGGUUGUAUCAUUUGGAUAACCUCAUGUCAAUAUCAUGAGGGCUAAAGGGAGGCCUUCUUGUUAUUUCUCUCCUUUGAGAAAGAAUCCACAUCUUCAGUACUUCGCUCCUGAGCAUGUGUCCAGAAUAUUGAAAGAUUUUCACUAUCGACAGUGUGAUCUUGGACAGUCUAUCUUUUCACUGUCACACUCUAUUCAGACUGCACUCAUAUGAAUUGUAAGACUGAAUCAUGUGCAUGUUAGUCGCAUUGUGCUAGUGCAAUACUAAUCGUUUUGAUUGACCACUUUAUUUACAAUUUGAAAUGUUUCUUCAUGGUGUUGCAGAAAACAUAAGAUUUGAGUUAUCUCUGCAUGUGGAAGUUCACUGGUGGACAAGAAAAUUCAUACAAAUUUGGGACCGUUAACCUUUUUAGAAUUUCUCCGACCUACAGUCUAAAUCAAACUCAGCCAUUUCCAGGUUUUUUUCGCGAAGAUCUUGUUGUGGCCUAGCAGCAACUUUCCACUUGUUUGUGCGGCCUUGAAGAUACAUGUACAAAUGUAGAUCUAGAGUACAAAAAGAAUAAAAGUCUGACAAGGACUCAAUGCUGUUGGACUUAUAAUAAUUGAGAGGCCCUAUAGUUGAUUUUGUUGCUUAUUUACAUUUUGUUACCGUUUUAGUAUUUUGUUAUCAUAAGCCUACUUGAUUGUUAAGGACUGUUGAAUGACCAUUAUUACUUAUUAUAGUAAUGAUGAAAUAUAGAUCCAUACUCUUAAUUGGGGACAACCUUCGGGAAAAUUGACCGCUCUCCAAGUUCUCCUUUCCAUGGUUGUAUCAAUUGAUAAAGUAUACCAUUGGAGAGGAGAAAGUUUUAAUCAAAUUAGAACUAUAAGGAAAAAUGACCACUUUUAACGGCAAGCAACAUCACUGACGAUGUUCCCAAUCAAGUGUACAUUGUAUGUCAACGUCCUUUGGAAGCUUCCUAUUGUGAAUGUCCAAACGACUUGUAAAUAGAUGUAUCAUACUGGUGUGUCCAAGGUAGUAUAGUCAUCUUUCAAAACAGUAUGUGUAUGUAAUAUAUGUAAGAUAAAUAGAUGAAUCAAAUGGUAAAAUCA